AAAUGAAUAUAGCAUCAGCAUGAAGCCAGCUGCUAAAUUUAUGUCUUGGGGGCCGAGAAACAUCUUCGGUAUUAGAGAAGGGAAGCCCUCGCUGGUGGCCUCUUUCUCUGCCUUCGCCCGGGUUGAAGAAGACGCCUAAUCAUGUCCCACAGGAAGUUUUCGGCUCCCAGACAUGGACACCUGGGCUUCCUCCCUCACAAGAGGAGCCGGCGUCACCGUGGGAAGGUGAAGACCUGGCCCAAAGAUGACCCUAGCAAGCCCGUCCACCUGACUGCCUUCCUGGGCUAUAAGGCCGGCAUGACUCACAUCUUGCGGGAGAUUCACCGGCCGGGGCUGAAGGUGUCUAAAAGGGAGGAGGUGGAAGCAGUGACCAUAAUAGAGACCCCACCUCUGGUGGUGGUCGGAGUGGUGGGCUACAUCGAGACGCCCCGGGGACUGCGGAAUUUGAAGACCAUCUUUGCCGAGCACAUUAGCGACGAAUGCAGGAGGCGUUUCUACAAGAACUGGCACAAGAGCAAGAAGAAGGCCUUUACCAAGUACUGCAAAAAGUGGCAGGACGAGGCAGGGAAGAAGCAGCUGGAGAAGGACUUUGCAGCCAUGAAGAAAUACUGCAAGGUCAUCCGCGUCAUUGUGCACACUCAGAUGAGGCUCCUGCCGCUGCGUCAGAAGAAGGCCCACGUGAUGGAGAUCCAGCUGAACGGAGGGACGGUGGCCGACAAAGUGGACUGGGCCCACGAGAAGCUGGAGAAGCAGGUCUCCGUGCAUUCUGUCUUCGGCCAUGAGAUGAUCGAUGUUAUCGGUGUCACCAAAGGGCACGGGAUGAAAGGGGUGACGAGCCGCUGGCACACCAAGAAGCUGCCCAGGAAGACCCACAAGGGGCUGCGCAAAGUGGCGUGCAUUGGAGCCUGGCACCCUGCCCGGGUGGGCUACUCCAUCGCUCGAGCCGGCCAGAAGGGGUAUCAUCACCGCACAGAGCUCAACAAGAAGAUUUAUCGCAUGGGUCGUGGGAUCCACGUAGAAGAUGGCAAAGUGGUGAAGAACAACGCAUCCACCAAUUAUGACACAACAGAGAAAACCAUCACUCCCUUGGGCGGGUUUCCUCGUUACGGAGAAGUCAAAAACGAUUUCUUGAUGCUGAAGGGCUGCGUGGUUGGCACCAAGAAGCGGGUGCUGACCCUGCGCAAGUCGCUCUUGGUCCACACAAGCCGGAAAGCCCUGGAACCCAUUGAGCUGAAAUUCAUCGACACGACCUCCAAGUUUGGCCACGGCCACUUCCAGACAGCCGAAGAGAAGAGGGCUUUCAUGGGCCCCCAGAAGAAACACCUGCUGAAAGGGAAGCCAGAAACCCAGGAGGAGUUGUAAGAGGCU